UUUCAAAAACGCAACUGCAGAAUUAGAGGGAGAGAGAGAGAAAGAGAGCGAGCGAUUAGCGAAGCGGAGAUAUCUUCCCCGAUGGUUUUAUAGAGAGAGAUAGAGAGAGCGAUGUCGACACCACUGAUUCGGCGGCUGGCACCGUACCUGGCGGCGCGAUUCCGACAGAACGAGAGGUUCAUCAACUCCGUUCCUGCUUCUUCGUCUUCUUCUUCGGCUUCCAUUCUUCACCGUUCAACUCCGACUUCCUCUUAUUCUCCUGAGCCCGUUCACAUGACCGAAAGCUGCGUCCGAAGAAUGAAAGAACUAGAAGCAACUGAGUCAUCAUCUGAUGGAAAACUGCUUCGUCUGAGUGUAGAAACCGGUGGAUGUUCUGGAUUUCAGUACGUUUUUAAUCUGGAUGACAGAAUCAACUCAGAUGACAAAGUUUUUGAGAAAGAAGGGAUUAAACUGGUUGUUGACAAUAUCUCAUACGAUUUUGUCAAAGGUGCAACUGUUGAUUACGUUGAGGAGCUAAUCCGUUCAGCCUUCGUGGUGACUGAGAACCCCAGUGCCGUUGGUGGUUGUAGUUGUAAAGCUUCAUUCAUGGUGAAACAGUAAUUCCUGAUGAUUGCUUCCGAAUCUUCAUAACUGCUAAGAUACUCAAUUUCUUGCAAAUUAUAUUACACUAUGAAUCAUUACUUUUGUACCUCAAAUAUCGAUUGGUCGAACUAUAGAUUAAAUUUAUUGUUUGUAUAAUUAUAUCGAUGUAACAUGGAACUGUAUUAGUAAUAAGGCAUUUUCUUAGCCUGUCAACAAUGAGGAUUUGUUAACGAGGCUUAUUGGCUUGUAUAGAUUUUUCAUUCCAAAAUCUUGAUGACUGAAGUUUUCAUCCAAAAAUUAAUAAAUUUAACACUUGAGAUGUUAUGCAAAAUACCGUGCAACAUGUAUAGUUUCGUAGAGUGAUGAUGCAGGAGAUAACUGAGCAAUCGUAUUUUAGUAAAUUUAUUUGCAGUGAAUACGAAUAUGAACUUCUACUCUACCAAAUUACCAAUCCCAUUACG